UAUGUUACUUUCUGUACAUCACUAUUAGUUCACAGCAGUUUGUCGUCUUACCUCCGUGGAAAAUCAGUUGCAAAUCGCAUUAUUCAUUCGCAUAUAAAAGCCAGCGUUCUAUGCCAUUAUUGUGUUGAAGAUCCUUAUAAGAUUGCAUUAUAAACAAAAAGACUUUUUGCAGCAGCUGCACAAGCACACAGCAACAACAACUGACCAAAAAGCAAUUCGCGUGGUUUAGCGCUGCCAGCGGCCAUCGCAAAAAAAAAAAAUAAAUAAAAAAAAAAUCGCAAAGCAAUUUUUUUUACAGUUGCGCAAAAAUUCUCACGUGGCAAAAAGAAGAGCGAAAAGCAACAACAACAAGAGUUGUACUAAUCAGUUACGGUUAACCAACAUAUAAAUACCUUCAUCUAUAUAUAUAUUUAUAUAUACAUAAAUAGAUAUAUAUAUAUAUACUGAAUCAAAACAAAACCGUGCGAAAACAUCUGUGUGUGUGAGCAAGACAAACACAUAUAGAGAGUGAGAGCGAAAGAAAAAGAGAACACCAGAUCGAAACGUUGAGAAUUUGAGACGUCUGUUGAGGGGAGAGAAGAGAUUCUUCAUACACUUCCUUAUCUAAUUCGUGAGAUUGCAUUGCGCACCCCAAGCAGGGGAAACAUAAUAUCUUAUAUGACUUUUGAAAGAUUAAGUGAAACACCAGCAAAAAAAGGCGCACCUCCAAUUCCACAAAAACGGAGUAAAAGCUUCGAACUGUGCAUGAAUUCAAAGAGGCGAACCAUAAGUCAUCGGACUUCAAGUAAUAGGCAUCGGAAGUUACAGCCGUUCAGGUACACGUGAGCCAACCGUACCGUUCCAAUAGUUUUUUACUAAACAUACAACAAAAAAAUACAUAAAAAACAAAAAAAAAAAAAUUAAAAAACUUAAAAAAUAACAAAAAAAAAA